AUGAUCGGGCACCAAAUUAAUAGCCUCUAUAUAAAAUUGUACGACAAGAGUGACCAUAGUGCUCUAUUCACGCCGAACUAUUUUACUCGAAGCGCCUAACCCUUAGUCUGAAUACUAGCUCCCUCGACUAAACCAGCAGUACCCUAAGAAGAGUCGAACAAAUGUCAAACCACCAAACCUUUCCACAAUUUACUCGACUACCCACGGAAAUUAGGCGGCUCAUUUGGAUUCACGCUCUCCCCAGAGGCCGUAUCCAACUCUUCGCUAAAAAUGUCCCGUGGGAGAACUGGCGUCUCCUUCCACCUAUUAUUGCUCAUGUCUGCCAAGAGUCGCGAGAAGUUGCCAUGAACCAUGCUGUUGUGCGAGGAUUCCCAACUGCCGAGGAUACUCAGACCACUACCUGGUUCAUUGGCUGUCGUGAUAUCCUUGAGCUUCACAGCGGCUAUCCCUACCCAUUAUCGAAUCCGGAACCAUUCUUCGCCGCAGUUGAACGGAUGGCGAUCAGCGCGAAUGACUUCGAGGGCGAUAUCGAAGUAGUCAUAAGGGAUCUUAUCGAAGGUCAUCGCUUUCAUAGCGUGAAGGUGGUCUAUCUUAUAGUUGAACAGAUAGAGACUGCGUAUUGGCCUAAAUUUCGGCCAGAUAUAACGGAGCAAGAUAAAGGCAAAGGAACAAUCCUAGAUUUGUCUAGCGAGGAAGAUCAAAGAAAGAUCGAGGGUUACAAGGCCUGGGCACGUUUUCAGGAGAUGUCACCCGUGUUCCCUCGGCAUGAAGAUGUGGCACUUGCUCUUAGUUCGAGUCUGGAGAUAGUGAUCUUGCAAGAGAUACGCCUUUACCACGAGCGAUUAUUACGAGCUGGAUACACCGAGGAGGAGGGAGAGGCAUCUUUCCCAACAAUCACACCUACAUCUCCUGACCACCCUUGGAUUAUCCGGAUACGUAGACGAUUACCUGAAUUUAGGCCGGCGUUGUUAGUUCUCGGGUGGCGGUAAUUUGGGACUAUUGUAUAUAUUAUGGCCAUAAGCGAAAUACACCUACCUACACAUCUUCUGACUACCCAUUGAUGUGUGGAUAGUGAAUAGGAUAAA